UUUUGUGCCUGAGUUGUGUUCCGCGCCGCAGACUCCGGAGCCGCUGCGGAUAAAGACGGACUUUGUGACGCUUUUCUCGGUGUAGCCCUGACCCCUGACCCCUGACCUCUGACCUCAGUCAUGGCUGUGGUCAUCCGUCUGCAGGGCCUGCCCAUCGUGGCCGGGACCAUGGACAUCCGCCACUUCUUCUCGGGGUUGACCAUCCCGGACGGCGGCGUGCACAUCGUGGGCGGGGAGCACGGCGAGGCGUUCAUCGUGUUCGCCACGGACGAGGACGCGCGUCUGGGGAUGAUGCGUACGGGCGGCGCCAUCAAAGGCUCCAAAGUGUCUCUGUUACUGAGCAGCAAGACGGAGAUGCAGAACACCAUUGAGCUGAGCCGCCGCCGCUUCGAACCCACCCCCGCCGAGGCCCCGCCCGCCGGGACACGCCCCUCCGUCGCCGCCCCUCCCUCAGCCUCCCCCUCCGCCCCCCAGCGCCCCGCCCAGUUCGCCGCCCCCGCCCCCGCGCAGGAAACCAAAGCCCCCCUCAACAUGGCUGCCGCCUUCCCCCCCAGCUUCAGCUCCGCCCCCAGCUACAGCUCCGCCUCCACGCUCACCACGGCGCUGGCGUCCCUGAACCCACCCCUCGCCGCGCUGCCCAACAUGGCCCUGCCGCCCAUGCCCUCCCUCCCGCCGCCCUCCGUGCCGCCCGUCCCGCCCAUGUCUCACCUGGCGCACAUGUCGCCCCUCCCCCCCUUUAACCCCGCUCCCCCUCCUCUGGGGGCGCCCAACCCUCUGCUCUUUAACCCCAUGACCCCUCUGCCCUCGCCGCUGCCCUCGCCCCUCGCCCCCCUGGGGCUCCACAUGAAGGCGGUGUCCAACCCUCCACCCGUCUCCGCCCCCCUGACCCCCGAUGACCUGGUGCUGUCGGUGCAGAACCUGCCGUACUCGUGUUCGGAGGCGGAGCUCCGAGACUUCUUCAGGGGCGUGGCGGUGGAGGGCGUGCGUUUCGUGCGCGACGCUCAGGGCCGGUCCACGGGGCGGGCGCUCGUCCGCUUCUUCUCGGCACAGGACAGUUACGAGGCGCUGAAGCGAGGGGGCGGGCAUCUGGGCCAGCGCUACGUGGAGGUAAGCCCCGCCUCUGAGCGCCAGUGGAACGGCGCCGGCGAGAAAGGAGCGGAGCCUCAGGAGCGCGGGCGUCCAGCUCAGGGCGGCGCUCCCAGAGACCAGAGGGGGCGCUCUCGCUCUCCGCACAGACAGGACCUGUGCGUGUACCUCAAAGGUCUGCCCUACGAGGUGGACAAGAACCAGGUGAAGGAGUUCUUCAAGAACCUGUCGGUGGUGGAGGACAGUAUGUACAUCGCCUACGGCGCCAACGGCAAAGCCACGGGCGAAGGCUUCGUGGAGUUCGUCACGGAGCAGGACUACAAGGCGGCGCUGGGCGCGCACAUGCAGUACAUGGGCGCGCGCUUCAUCCAGGUGCACCCCAUCACCCGCAAAGGCAUGAUGGACAAGAUCCAACAGAUUCGCAAACGCGACAGUGACGCCAAAAACGCCGAUGCCACGCGGGCGCCCAAGACCUGCGUGCACAUCACCAACAUCCCCUACAACGUGUCCCGCAAGGACGUGCGCGGCUUCCUGGAGGGUCUGGGUCUGUACGAGGACUCUCUGAAGGUCCUGACCGAUGCCCACGGCAACGGGCUGGGCCAGGCCGUGGUCCAGCUCCGGUCGGACGAAGACGCCAGGAAGGCGGAGCGCCUGCACCGCCAGAAACUCAACGGGCGUGACGCCUUCGUGCACCUGGUCACAUAUGAGCACAUGAAGGAGGUGGAGCGGAACCCGCCGCCGCAGAACAAACGGGGACAGAGGCCCGCCCUCGGCCAGGCCCCGCCCCCUUCACACCUGACCCCGCCCCCGGCCCAUCUGGGCCCGCCCCCAGGACACGCCUUCGGGGCGCUGGCGGACGACUUCGGCUUCAUCCGUAACCCCACCCCCUUCGCCCCUCCCUUCUCCGCCCCCGGCAACGGCCUGGCCCCACCCCCCGUCCCGCCCCUGGGCCCCGCCCUGGGGCCGGACCUCAGCGUCCCGCCCCCCCUGGUGCCCGGGCUGCCCGCGCCCGCCCUCGACCCGCCGGGCUUCAGGGCGGCGGCUCCGUUCGGCCAGGACCCGAGGGGCGUCGUCCCCUUCGACGGGCGCAAAACGCCCAACCGCAACAAUGGCAACGCCCCCCCGAGACACGGCGCCCCGCCCCCCGCCUUCCCCCCCGACCCCGCCCUCCGCGGACCCGCCCCCGCGGCCGGUGCCGGCGCCAACGGCGGCCCGGCCGUGGUGAAGCUGCAGAACAUGCCCUUCACCGUCACGCCCGACGAGAUCAUGGACUUCUUCUACGGCUACCAGGUGAUGCCCGGCUCCGUCUGCCUCCAGUUCAACGACAAAGGUCUGCCCACCGGAGAGGCCAUGGUCGCCUUCCACAACGCCAACGAGGCCGCCGCCGCCGUCUCCGACCUCAACGACCGCCCCAUCGGCGCGCGCAAGGUCAAGAUCAGCCUGGGCUAGAAACGCCGCCAUCGCAUCCGCCGCUACAGCUACAGAUGCCCUCCCAGCGACACGAGGACACGGACUGCUGCACACGCCCUCCCCCUGUGCCCCCCCCCCCCGUGUGUGUCGGGUCCCUCCUCGUGUGUGUCAGGUUCCUCCCCCCCGUGUGUGUCAGGUCCCCCCCCGUGUGUGUCGGGUCCCUCCUCGUGUGUGUCGGGUCC